UUAAAACACACUUCUGACACUAUUAACUGGAAAAAAAGUGAUAGAGGGGUAUGUGUGAAGGUCGCAAAGACAUACCAAGUGCUAACACUGGUUAUAGUUAACUUUCACAGUGAGUAAAAGGUUUAAUUUUUCCUCCCUGCUUCCAUAUUCUUAACGUGCAGAUAUUUUUACAAUAAACGAAGAUCUUCCCUUCUGUGGUAUGGUUCUGAAUACGUUCGACCAAAACGAUGACCACUUACUUCCCAAUACACAAUGGGACCAUACACUGAAGGAACAGGAGAAAAUCCUCAGUUUAUACAGGUUUUUGCCCUCGUUCAUCAGCUAUUCUAAUGCAGGCAUUUACAGUGUGUCAGGGACAGUUCUGGUCACUCGCUGUACGACUGUGCACACAACACUCCUUGCUCUCAAAUCUUUUUCACUACCGAUCUUCAUUUCAAUGAUGUCAGCAACCGUGGAGCUCUGUCCCUGGGACGGCUGUAAAACCAUCAGUCCACUCAAGGCAAAACACUGCUUCCGAGUUCGCCUUCCUCGGAGGCUAAGCGCCGUUUAUAGCUUUAAAAAAGUGCUGUAUGUGAUUCAUUCGGGGCAUGGCCGCGAUCCCUAAAACGCUCAGGCAACAGCAGCAAGCUGCCGGCUAUAAAGUCCGACUUCGCAGCGCACAGCAGGCUCUCCCCGCGGCACUCGCUCGGGAGCAGCCUAACGCGGGCGGCUCCGCGGCGGCGGGGCUAGCCGGGGACACCUGUCGGGCCGGCGCAGGGCCUCCCGGGCAGCUCACCUGCGAGGCCGGGCUGGCCG